AUGGGGGGACUGCGGCUGCUGGCGGUGGCCCUGACGUGCUGCUGGUGGCCGCAGGGCAGCCAGGGUAAGACCCUGCGAGGCCACUUCAGCAGCGUUGCGGCCCGAGACGCUCAGGGGCAGAGCAUCGGUCACUUCGAGUUCCACGGUGACCAUGCUCUUUUGUGUGUCAGAAUCAGCAACACAGCAGCAGCUGUUGGAAAAGAAGCUAAACUCUACCUGUUCCAAGCUCAGGAGUGGCUGACGCUCCAGGAAAGCAGUCAUGGUUAUAGUUGUAGCGAAAAAUUAUCCAAAGCUCAGUUGACAAUGGCAAUGAAUCAGACUGAACAUAAUCUGACAGUGUCCCAGAUUCCACAUCCACAGACGUGGCACGUGUUUUAUGCAGACAAGUAUACGUGCAAAGAUGACUAUGAGAAUUCUCAGGUGGAAGACAUCCAGUUUGAAAUGAUGUUACUAAACCCAGAUGCCGAAGGGAAUCCACUUGAUCAUUUCAGUGCUGGAGAAUCUGGGUUACAUGAGUUCUUUUUUCUCCUAGUCCUAGUGUACUUUGUGAUGGCUUGCAUUUAUGCUCAGUCACUGUGGCAGGCUGUUAAGAAAGGAGGACCCAUGCACAUGAUUUUAAAGGUUCUGACAACUGCAUUGCUGUCACAAGCUGCUUCAGCUUUAGCUAAUUACAUGCAUUUCUCCAGUUACUCCAGAGAUGGAAUAGGGGUACCUUUCAUGGGAAGUUUGGCAGAAUUUUUUGACAUCGCUUCCCAAAUUCAGAUGUUAUACCUCCUCCUGAGUCUGUGUAUGGGCUGGACAAUAGUCCGAAUGAAGAAGUCACAAAGCAGACCUCUCCAGUGGGAUUCUACUCCUGCGUCCACGGGCAUUGCUGUGUUCAUUGUCAUAACCCAGAGCAUUUUGCUGCUUUGGGAACAGUUUGAAGACCCCGGUCAUCACAGCUACUAUUCACAUCACAACUUAGCAGGGAUCCUUCUGAUCCUUUUAAGAAUUUGCCUGGCACUGUCAUUAGGCUGUGGGCUCUACCAGAUCAUCACCGUGGAGAGGAGCACGCUGAAGAGAGAGUUCUACACCACGUUUGCCAAAGGCUGUAUCUUGUGGUUUUUAUGCCAUCCAGUCCUUGCAUGCAUUUCUGUCAUUUUCAGUGACUACCAAAGAGAUAAGGUUAUCACAAUAGGUGUUAUCCUUUGCCAGUCUGUUUCCAUGGUUAUUCUCUACAGACUCUUUCUGUCCCACAGUCUGUACUGGGAAGUUUCGUCGCUUUCCUCGGUAACACUACCACUGACCAUAUCAUCUGGACACAAAAGUCGGCCCCAUUUCUGAUACUUGAUUGUGUUCAAAGGAACAGUGAAUUGGUUUAACAGAGUGCAAUAAGGAUCCAAAUACAGUGACUUUUUUUUUUCAUACAUUUGGUAUGAAAAAUUAGAGAAAGCAGAGCAUGUUAUUUAUAUAACUGCAUUUAAGCAGUACCAAAAACAAAGAUAAUAAAUGUUUUGAAAUAUACUUAAACAAUCAACUUUCAAGAAAGAUGUUCUUAUAAGGUGACAAGCAAUUUCCAUGUGGAGAUAAAGAUAGGAGAGAAUUAUCUGCUAUUUUGGUAAAAUAGUCACCACUUAGUAAUGCCUCAUCUUAUGUCAACGUAGCCAACUCAGGUGUGAUAGGCUCAGAAAAAGUAAUCAGUUAAAUGAUUACUUGCUUAUAUGUGUCUAAAAUUGUCCAGUUAUGAAAUCAGUAUACUUAGUACGCUGAUUAAAAACUGGUCUUUUUUAAUGCUUUACAUAAAAUGCAUUCAUAUUGGAGUUUAAAGGAAUUGAAAGUGAAAUCGGUUCAGGAAAUGAAUACAAAAUGUUCACAGUUAAAUGAGUAACCUUUUGUUUAUUUAUGGGUGGGGUUAUUCUCCAGUUUUUUCUGUCAUUUUUGGCUCUAGUUGAUGUUUUUUAGCUUGAUUAGCAAAGGGUUGAUGACAGUUUAUGCAAAAUAUGACAGAUAAACUACUUGAGUUGUGAGAAUGAGCAGUUCUAAAAUGUGAACACUUAGGUGAAGGGACUGGCAGGUUUACAUGUUUUAAAAAAAAAGAAGGAAAAAGUACUAUGUGUUGUGAUACUAAAAUCCUAAUCCUUAUAUAAUUCAUUUUCUUUACAUUGGAUCCCCAGUCAUAAUUAAGCCAUAUACACAGAUUAAAUUAACAGAAGCAUUUCACGUAAAUGUUGGUUUCAGUCAUCAACUACCCGUGAAUUCCUGCCUAAGGAUACUUAAUCAGGAUUAAAUUUUCUAUGAAUAAUUGAAAAACAAAAUACUCACUGGACUUGUUAUAAUCCAUGUUGGCACUGGAUUCCAAGUUGUUGCCAUCUUGAAUCCCUUGUAAUAACGCCAUAUAUGGUUUUUUUUUUUUUUGUAAUGCCUCAGUAUUGAGUACGCUAGCUAAAGAAUACUUGAUCAAAUGCCUGUUUAAAGAAUGCUAAAUGGUUUCAGUACCUGCUGUAUAAAAUGAAUAUUCCCAUUAAUAGUCACUGAUUGUAUAUUACUCAGUUUUUCCCCAGUUUGUUCAGGCCUUUUCAUUUUUAACUCUGGCUUAUUUAGAAAAAGAAAAGAAAAUUCUAUCUACUUCCAAAGGUAUUGCAUUUUGAAGCAAGAAAUGGUGCACUGAUAGGGUAAACUUUUAAGCUAAAUAUCCAAAACAGUGUAGCACAACUUAAAGAUAUUUAUAGCUUUGUCUUUGUGUUUUUCCUUGCAUCCAGUCUCAUUUAAAUAAGCACUAUUCUCCUUCAUUUUACUGGCAAAUAUAUGUGUUUGUGACUAGCAAAAUAGUAGUGACAGAGCUCAGCCUGCUCAGUAAAUCAUCUCUCUAGCGGCUCUUUGUAAAUCAUUUAAUAAGUGAGAACUACAGGUUGAGACUAGAAAGUUUGAGAUAUGUUUUAGGUUUACAUGAUCUCCUAAGAGGUCAUCAUCUUUUCCUUUUACCACAUCUCACUAAUAAUCGCAGUUAUUAUCGGUUGUGUUCAACGGAAGGGCAGUUAAUUAAGCUGAGGAAAAGAGUCAAGGUUUUUUAUGUGUUUUGCGAACUUGCAGCAAUGGGAGGGGAGUCUUCUUUGUGUUCUCUUACACAGAGCAUGUAGUAACUCCAUAAUCAACAUACCUAAAACGUAUUUCUGUGCUAGCAUUUAUGAAACUUUUAACAGUUUUUUUUACUUUAUUUUUUAAUUUAUGGUUGAAUUUGCUGAUAAUUUAUUUUGUUAUUCAUGAGCCAUUGUGAAAUGAAAGGAAAUAGUUGUUAAUAAACUGUCCUUAAUUAGUAAAUAGCUCAAAAUUUAGAGUUCAUAAGUUAUGACGUAGCGUUCCCUCUUUUUUCUUUCUAAAUAUUUACAUGAAGAUCCCCUAGAUUACAGAAAGAGACAUGUAUACUUCAAGCUCUAAUUAAAGAUCAAAAACUUCUCCACUUUU